AUGUCUUCCAUUGUUGGCUUGAACGAUGGUGCGGAUGAACAGAACAAGUGGGUGCGUGUGUUGAAGGAUGUGGAGGAGGUCUGUGUGAGACAGGGUGGGCGGCGAAGGAGCGAUGCUGCCGAUGUGCUUCGCAACCGCAUCAACAAUGAAAUGCCGGCCCCGGAUGCAUCUGUUCCUGGUGAACUUUUGGGUCGUGAAGGAGCCCAAGAGAGGCGAACACUUCAAAAAAUUCGGAGAAUUCAGAAGAUUGCCCGUGGCACGGCUGAAAAUGAGCGGAAUGUGGAAUCAGCUAUGUUCCAAGUCAAACCUUCCAAGUUGGUUGUUCCGACCAGAGACGAACCGCUGUCGAUGUUUGAUCCGGCCACCUGGGGCAUGUCGUUUCCGGAUUUGUUUCCAUGGGGUGAUGGCUUGCCUUUUUUGAAGCGUGAAGCCAACAUGGAUGCAACAGAAGUGUUUCGAUAUUUGUUGCUUCGGGAAGAACUGCAUUACAGUGAGGGUGAUGCCUUGUUGCCAAGAUGGUCGCUUUCAGAGACGUUGCUUCCAGUGAUGUACGACGUGCAGCGUCGAUUGCAGUUGAUGCGUGCGACGAAAGCGCAUGUGAUGCGUCGUGGCUUUGGCAAACAUUGUCGUGUUAUUUCUGAAGUCAACACGGACCAAUUGCUCAAGGCAAUGGCAUUGCAUGGAGACAAUGCGGACCUCAGGGAGUUGCUGCGAGAUCCGCAGGUGGAUGUGGCCUUGAAGCGAGCAUUGGGAGGAGUGCUUCAGGCAACUUCGAGCAUCAUUGGCAUGGAAGGGCACCGCAGCCAGAUCCGGUUGCGUGGACAUGCGGCUGGGUGGCAUUAUGGUUCUGCGCAUUUGUUCGUCACGCCCAACAUCGCAGAUAUGCGCUCGUCCUUGCUACUUCAAUUGCACCUGCAGAAUGUCAAAGUGGAAGAGUGCAAAAUUGAUGACCCGCAAAGGUGA